AUGGUCCCCACACGAAUGUUGAAAGGCCCCCUCCUCGUACAUUUGUUUCUGCCCCGCACAGUUGACCUUGGCAAGCUGCUUCCGCCACCGCCGCCUGGGCCUCAGAUCAGUUUGGCGGGAGACCGUGACGCCGGAGAUACCACACGUCAGUGGAACUCCUUCGUCUCUCUGCAACGGCCUCUUCCACCUCCACUGCCCAUUUCGCGUGUUUUCCCACGCAGCCACCUCCAACGGGACCUCAGUCAGCCGAUCAGUUUCAUUGCCCACAUUGUGCCCCAUUGGAGGUCGCGACCGGGGCGCAGUUACCUGCUCUCGCGCGUCGACAAACACGGUCGCCUCCGAUUUGCUGUCGCCCUCAAUCAAUGGGGCGCCAAGGGGGAAUAUGCCGAGAUCUGGAUCCAUCACGACGCCUUCUACAACGCAGUGGUCGAUUCGUCCGUGGGCACGCAGUACAGCGGCGGCCUGAUGACGCACACCGGAAUCGCGAUCGCCCCUCUUCCGAAACUCGAUAUUGAAGGCGAGAGUACGGUGAAAUUGGCCUUUGAGGUGAGUUGA